AUGAUGAAGGAAAACCGCUCCCGAAUGCAUCAACGCUCCUUCUCAGCCCAAACAUGUGAUACCAUCUUCAAACCCUGUGAGUAUAUCUCGAUAUUGACCUCGACAUCUGCCACACCUGUGAAUAAGACACCGAACUAUCAACAACCUGGCCAAGCCUAUCUGACCACCAACACUUAUCCCACUCCAAAUGGAAAUAUUCGAGUAGUUGAGCGUCGAACUCGUCUGAAGCAAGAGGAACGCGAACCUCGGUCCUCCAGUGUACCCGUUUACAAGUUCACACGUGACAAAGCGGAAGGAGAAGAGGUGCGCGAUACCAUAAUACCUAGCAUGGACGAUUCACCUACAAGUGUUUUACGAGGAGUCGCUCCCUGGAUGGCUGCCGAGGAGAGAGCGGCGGUAAUAAAAAAGGAUAGAAGGAAUCGAAUGAAACAAAACGUUCAUACCAUCCGCGAUCACAUGCUAUCUUCGUGGGGACAGGUGAAUUUUGAUGGAAAACCACCUCGUCAUCCAUCGGCCACACACGUCUACCCAUCACCGGAACUAUGGUGA